AUGGUGGAGGAACAACUGGCCACGCUGCGCAAGCAGCUGGCUGAUCCUCAAACGGCCAUCUCGCCGGGCCUGGAAACCUAUAACGCCUUGGUGCGCGAGUCAGAGUCUCAGCAAGAGCUGGCCCCCAUCACGCAUGCUUUGCUGCAAGUCGAUCCAGCUGGCAAGCUGUUGAUGCAGGUGUGGGAGCAGCAGCGCACCCGCUUUCAGUACAAAGACAUACAUGUGGUCAUGCGACUGUCCGCCAAACCAGCACUGACCUUCAACUUCGUGAAGCUGGCUCGGCUCUGUGUCGUGCCAUUUGCCAAGAUGAGUGGCGUGGUGUCCAGCUGGCCCUGCAGUCCUCUCGGUUCCCUCAGCAAAAGCUUGUCACGUGCAGUACGCCGCCCUGGUCUUGCGCGCAAGAGCAAGACCAAUCUCCUCAACCCCUCAGCACUCCUACGCAUCGGCUCGCUGUACUCUUACGUUGAACCUGAGGCAGCAGGGGCUACCGCCGAAGGGGAGGAGGCUGAAGCGGACACUGUGGAGGGAGAUGAGAUCAAAGAUGAAGCCACCAAUCCCAUAUCGGGAAGUUUGGCAAGUGAUGGCACACCCUUGCCCAAACGCUGGCGCCCGAAUAGCAAGCGUACCGUGGGAAACCACGUUUUGUUCAAGCUCCUUUGCUCUCUGUCUUCUCCCCUUGAGGAUUCACUGAAACAUGAGCUGGCCUUGACUAUCCUCAAGUACUGCCCCGAGCUGUUGCCCCUGUAUUUUGCUCAGCCCUCGCUGUCAUGCGAGCCUCAGCUGGUAGUCCGCUGGCUGGCUGCCAUGACGCUGGCUGCUGAAGCCCUUCAAUUGCCGCUGCCUGGUGCCAGCUGGUUCGGCGCAGUGGGCACUUUGUCGCACCGUCUUGAAUCCAUCUUGCCUGAAUGUCUGCGCCAGUCCGUCUUGCAUCGAUGCCUGAGCUCCUCCUCGCCUCUCAUUUUGCACGCCACCGGCCGUUGCCUGGUCGCCGUGCUCCGGCGCGCCAUGGUCACUCUGCAACUGGAAGUCUCGGGGGGCUCUCGCCUGGUGGGACUCCGUUCGGCCCUGCUCGUGGCCCUGCGUGGCCGCCUACCUGACCCCCAAGACGUACUCAAAGCCAUUGCCGUCCUGUCCAAGCUGACGCCUGCUUGGCCCGCCGCUGUGGGCAAUUACCUUGCGAUCCUUCAACUGUACCAACCCAUCUUUCCCGUCUGGGCUCUGGCCUACGAUAUGGGACGCUGGAUGCCCGCUCCGCACCAAUUGGGAACAACCCCGGACCAAGUCCAAAUGGCACUGCUGCAGACUCUGCGCAAAGCCAGUCACGUGCAAUGGUCUGCCACGGUGCCCAGCGCUCGCUUGGUGGUGGGCCCGCCGCGUGCGGGUCAGAAGGAGGCUCAAUUGCACACUUUGAGCCGCUUUGGCUGUUUGUUGGCCCUUUACAGCUGGACCGAGUCACGAGAUGUGCGCACCUUGGCACGCCGCAUGCUUGUAGAGCAACUGCUUCAUUUGGAUGGCUGUCUACCCGCGCACGAGCUCGAGGCGGGCCUUUGGAUUGAUGCUCUUCCCAGUGACCCCGUGGCCAUUGCUACCUUGGACAUCAUCUAUCUACAAACGGCCAAACAAAGUCUCAAAUGGCUGGACCGCGCGUCCCAGUUGGCCGACGAGAGUGGCCAGCCGUGGCCCGCGGAUCAAUCGCCUCUUUGCCUCGUAGCCCAACAUCAACUGGAUUACUGGUUCAAGCACUAUGCCAAAGAUGGGCGCCAGGCCUCUGCCGUUCUGUACGUCUGCUACGUCCUUUUGCACAUGUCCACAAAUCCACACCACUGGGUCGAAGUGCGCCUCCUGUCCGAGUGGACCAAGCGUGAUAGCAUCCCCGCUGCUCCUCGCCUUUUGGCCGCGGCUGCCCUCUUGGCUCUAGCCAUUGAGCCUGCCCAGACCAGCACUGAGGCAUUUGCACAAGCACGUGAGCUGGUGGUUGCCCAUCAACAGCAGAACAACGAUAAGGGGCAACUCGCCGGGAACAAGGCCCGUGAUCCCGUCAGCCUGGCUCGGUCGGUGACGGAUAUUGCCACCGGCGUCUUGGCCGGCAAUCGUCUACAGCACCUGGUUUCCACACCCCUGCCCCACACGCGGCUCACGGCAUCGGUCCUCGCCGCUGAAAUACGAGCGCGCGGUGCCCAUGCUCUUCCAUCUGCCAAGCCACCCUUGACACCCGCUGUCGAGCUGCUUCGCAUCCCGGUGGUGUUUUUGGAAGCCACCCUCGCCACAGACAGCAUCACCGCACGAGUGGCUGCCCUUGAGGCUCUACUGUACCACCCGAGUUGGGCUGACGGGUCGGCUUCACAGCAAGCGCUCUUGCUGCGCCGUGUUGAUACGGAUCUAACCCGCGAAUUGCAAGCAGUUCGGCAACACGGCAUCAACGGCGAGUCGGAAGAUGAUGCCCGUGCGGAAAUGUGGCGUCACCUGAUCUCUUUGUACGUGGGCUUGGUUGUGAAGCUGCUCGCUCGCCCAGGUCUGGCCGACUUGGCUGGUCAGGCAGCUCGCCGUGGAUUACAACAUGGGUUGACUUUGUUGCAGCUCUGCGCACAGCAAGCACAACCGCAACCUGCCAUCUUGGAUACCGUGCUGGAGCUCGGUGCCGUUGCUCUGAGUGAAGGCCACAUCACGGCUGAGCUCCUUAUUCAGCUGGCGAUCGAGGGCACAACUGAAGCGGCAAGCGACCGUGAACGUGUCAUGAUUCCAGUGAACGGCCAGUACAUUGCUGUCGCACCGGCCAUGGCCCUGACCCUGGCCUUGCUGCCUCGCUUGCAACCAGAAGAGCUAACGACGGCAAUCCAGCUCAUGGUGGCAACACUGACCAAAAAUUCUCCAAAACCUUCUCUGGAAGCUUUUCAGCCGUGCUUUCUCGCCGCACUCCAAGCGCUGCGCGAACAUGAGGCCACUGUGCUACCUGUCGCCCUCACACCCGUUCUUGACGCUCUACUGAUUAUUCAGCUGGAGCAAGGCAUUACCCACCCCGGGGUGGUCGAGGUCUUGCUCGAGCUGGGUUACUUGGCCGAUGCCAGUGAUCUAGAACUCAAAUGGGCAGAUUUCGCCAAACUCGACGUGUCAGCGCUGUUGAACAGCCCGGUGCAGUCCACCACUACGGACAAACUUCUCGAGUGGCUCAGCACACAUAUCCCUGCUCUUGCUGGCCUCAUCUCGUCUCAAUUCCUGACAAACCCGGCCUCGCUCGUGGCUUUUCCUCGAACCAUGCUGCGCGAAGCUUGCCGUCAUUGCAAUCUUCCCCCCUUCGCGGAGGUGGAGAGGCUUUGUAAGCCAUUGAGCAGCCUGGUUGGCACCGAUGCUAGCGUCUUCCUAGGCGCUUGGGAUCGCCUGCCGCAACUGGCUACAUCGCAGUCUCCUGGUCUGGAAAUGGUCACUGGAGUCGUACUUGAACAGAACGAGGAUGCGACCGGUUUGCUUGCCGCUCGCGUUUGUGGUCCUACUCAAGCAAACCUGGCCGAGGGCGCGCUUUCGGACAACCCCGAGGCUGUGACGCUGGUUCGUCUUCUUCUUCGAGCGAAGCAGGAUCAAAGGCCAUGGACCAUGCUUUUGGCCGAUCUGACACAUGCGCUAGUCACGGUGGGACGGGCCGUGACCCAGUUGCGGCGAUCCCUUAACACGGUGGCGAGUUCCACCAACCGCUUGGCCACCACCGCGCCUUUGCCUGGCGUGCUGCCCAUGGCCCAAGUGGAUGCUGCUCUUGUUGCUUAUAACGAAACAGUCGCCGCUCUUCUUGGCCUCUCCUACCUCGAUCUGGACAUUCACAUCCUUCGACUGGUGACCGAUCAUUACCAAACGAUGGAGCGUCUUGAAGCUGUGGGGGGUACAAAUUCGAUUGUGGAUCUGUAUACCCUGACGAGUCAAUGCGCAAGCUCGCCCCUCUUACGCAAGGUUCUCAACAACAAUCAAGCUGAACGCCGGGCGGUGGUGGAGUUGCUGCUAUACCUUGUCAAGCGCAAACCAGAGUCAUUGCAAGGGGCUUUGGGUGAUACACUGGCUGUUGCCUAUCAUGGCACUCUUGAGGCAGUGGACUGCCUCAUUCAACGCUCGUUGGCCGAAACGGAAACCAGCAGCGGUCGUGGAUGUGGACCGGAGCAAUGCAUCGUCGGUGAAGAAGCCGAUGUUGCCCGCCACUCCCUCUCGGGUGUGGGUGACCUGCGUCAAUCAGCCGCCUGCCGAGCGGGCCUUGGUCGACUCGACGAGCUGCGCAUGCAAGAGACUUUGCGCGCGUUUCCGCGUGAACGGCGCUUGCACGACAGCGAAGAGGCGACUGGUGGCAUGGAUCUAGACACGGACAUGGAUCCGGACACAACCUCGAUGGAGACUCUUGCAUCAUCAAACCGCAACACCAACUUGGUGACAGCGGUGUAUGAUCCACGCUUUAUCCUAGCAUUGGCUCGAUUCUGCGUCGCGGACGUUAAGCUGGACCUGCUGCGUGAGCUUGUCGACUGCAACGUUCUCAGCUUUGUCAUUCUUUGCCUUACUUCUGAGGAUGCAUCAGUGCGCUUGGUGGCCGCCGGAAUCUUGGGACUGCUGCGCCAGCAUCUUAAGGAGUCGACAUCAGACAUCAAAUUUGCCGUCGAAGUGCACCUGGAUCUGCUUGGCAACUCGAUGGAUCCUGGCAUGUUGGAGGCCGGGCCUCUGCAAACAGUACACGCACUGUUUGUGGCCCGUGCCUUAAGGCUUGCCCUUCGACCUGAUUCAGUGCCCAUGCAUCCCAUCGUCACAGAUUACAUUACCUCACGACCGUUCUUGGACCUUGAGGACACGCCACUCUUCUUCCGUCUGCUGUACAGCUCGGACAUGCAACAGCUCGAUGAACGCCGCUGGCUUUUUCGCUUCCUGACGGCCUCGCUACAAUCGGAAGCCGACUUUUUCAUUCUUUGCCGUCGUCACGUUUUUGAGCUGGUCAUGAGCUUUGCUCUGGCGCCUGUAUGCGACGUGACCCUGCUGGGCGAGGUUCUACGCUUGCUGCGCCAGGCGUGCCAACACUCGGCGGGCGUUCGCGACUUGAGCAGGCGUUUUGGCCUUCUCCCAUGGUUGGCAGCACGCCUGGGGCUAAUGGACGACUGCAGGCCCUCACUGCACUUGUUGGAGCUGUGGGUGGACUUGGUCGAGGUGUUGCGCCUCAGUGCUAGCUUCUACGCCUCCCUUCGAACCAGCCCGGAGCUGGUGGAGGUUGCCCUGAUGGUCCAAACGCUGGUGCCCGCCAUGCUAAGCCUCCAAGAAAGGGUCACCGUCACGGGAAGCAUGAAUGCAGCCCAGGUGCAACAGCGUGAGCAGCUCCUCAUGCGCGUUUACAUGACCACAGUUGGCUUGGUGGACGACUUGCUGCAGGCUGGAUCGGAGCGUUUGGCCCCUUUGCUACAGGCUCCCUGCCAGGCGUUGAUGGUGCGCGCCGUGGCUUGGAGUACACAGCUGGCCGCGCCUGAGGUCACCAAGUGCUGCGAGUUGGCUGCCCACUGGUUGCAAGCCCAAGUCGCAAUUGACCAGGAGACCGAACUGGCACACCAAAUGACCGUGUUGUGUCGUCGCUUGGUGCGGCGCGCGCAACGCGAGACGAAUUUGGACGCUGCGUCAAGCACUCGUGCUGCCGCGACGCAGGCUUUGCUGGCGCUGCAGGCGGCGCAGCCCAGGGCGGAACUUGUUUGUCGCUUGGCCCUUGGUUGUCAUGCCAUGGCGCUCGUGGAGGCCUAA